AUCACGUUCCAUUUUACAAGAUUUUCCGCUGAGUUCCUGAACGCACCUCGGUGACGUUGACUGUUUUGAUGAUCAUGGCGGGAGACAGAGGUGACUUCCUUGACUUACAAGAUUGGUAGUAAAAACAACGCGAGUUACUCGUAAACUUUAUUUUAUUCAAAAACUAUGUGAGAGUAUCAGUCAUUUAAAGUUUAGGCCAGGUAAGUGACAAAACACUGUUUUCGCGAAACUUCUAGCAUUAGCUAAAGAAGGUCCCUCGAAGUUCGACAGAUGAUUCAAAGUUAGCCUGAUGGCGUCUAUGUUGGUAAAAGACAACCCACUUCUCUUACCCCUCAACGUGGAGAAAACGGUCUAUGAUGGAUUCAUCACUGUCCAGGAAAAAGACCUGAGAUUGAGAAUACAUCUACCACCAGAUCGCCAACUCAAAAAGGCCAAGUUGCAUUGCUGCUGGAAGUUAAAACACCUGUUGCAUGGGUAUGAACACAUUGUAAAGCAGCGGCUACAUCAGUCAACUGAUCUUGUUAGUUUCAUUCUGGAACUGAAGACUGUCUUGGAAGUGUGCUUAAAAAAACAUCCGAUGUACUACGCCAUUGCGCCUCCACAGUACUACUCCCAACUCAUCUUGGAAAUGGAAACCCUUGGGUGGGACAAGCUACUUUUCAUAGACACACAGUUUCAAAUGUUGAGGAUGAAAGCUGAAGACUCUUCUGGACGACAGCACAUUCUUACCAUUAACCUCAAGUCAAAGCACCCAGCAGAGGCUCCUGAAUGCUCAGCUGACCUGCCAAUCCCCCUCCUCUUAAAAUGGACGCCCCAGUCUUCUUUGAACCAACUCCACAGCCAGUUCCUGCUAGUCAUUGAGGCUCUGACUGAGUUCUGGGACGUUCUUGAUGAGAUUGACACAAAGACCUGGAUCCUGGAGCCAGAAAAGCCAAGUCUUUCUGACACUAUGAGACGAAUAGUUAUCGGAAACAAUGUCUCCAUUAAAGUGGAUGUGGAUCCCCGACACCCGAAGAUGUUACCAGAAUGCUGCCUGCUGGGAGCUGAGCAUGUUGUGAUUCCACUGAGGAAUAAACUGAACGCCAACAUGCAUUUGUGGAACCCGGACUCUGGUGUCUUGCAAAACCUCCAGGAUGUUUUGGAGCUCGAAUUCCCGUCACCUGCCACCCACGAAAAAUCUAUUUUCAAUGUUGAGUGUGGAAUCUGCUACUCCUAUCGCCUUGAAGCUGCUAUCCCUGACCAGGUGUGCAACGAUCAUCGCUGUGGGCAGCCCUUCCAUCAAGUGUGCCUGUAUGAGUGGCUGCGUGUGCUGCCUGGCACCAGGCAGAGCUUUAACACGGUUUUUGGAGAGUGUCCUUACUGCAGCAAGCCCAUUACUGUGAAAAUGACAGCUCAGAAGUCUUGAAGUGGCUUUCCAUGCCACAUCAACUAAAGGAAACGGUUUAAAACUAAUACAAGCAAAGAAAGCAAAUCACUUUGAAAAUUCCUGCUGAAGACGGCGCAGUAAAGCUUGUGCGUGGGGGAGCAGCUUGCUCUCCUGUCUGCUGAGGCACACCCCCGUCUAAGGUGUACAAGAAGUCGCCACCCCGCUGCGCUCCUCUUCCAUCCCGGUCAUCUUUGGGAGUCAAGCACCCACAGACAGCAAACAAAAGUCUUCGGAUGACUUCAUGAUUCCCACUGAUGGUGGAGCCUCUUGUGAAAUUUAUUGUGUGUUAAAGGGGGGACUUUAAGGGUUUGCUCUGUUGGAACCAAGUCUUCAAUGAAACAUUCAA